AUGAACAACCACGACAUCUUGGACGAUGAGCCGCCACCCUCGUAUGAGGAGGCAACCGGCCGCCCAUCACACACACACAGGCCACCGCCGCCGACACCACCGCGACCCACCAACACCAAGAUCAACACAAACCCCUUCACCCCAAGCACCCCAGGCGGCCCAGCAUCGCCAGCAGCAGCAGGCACCCCGCACACGCCAGCCCAGACCUUCCAGCAGAUCCUCCCCGCGGCCUCGCAGACCGUGCGGCAGCAGUUCCCGCCGGCCUUCAACCUCUACCGCGACGCCUUCCCCGGCGCCCAGCGGUCCUACUUCCUGGGCGAGCACCAGGCCACGCCCUUGUACUCGGUGACGGCCGGCUGGGCGGCGAGCGCGAGCGGGGCCAGCCUGAUCCUGCACAACGGGCCGAGCGACGACCACGCGCCCCUGGGCACGGCCGCGUACGGCGCCGCGGGCCGCAGGAUGGCCGUCAGCCUCCCGCCGCUUCCAGGCCGGGCGCCGCAGCCGCCACACUCGGUGCACACGCCGACCGUGAUGGAUCCGACGUUUAAUUUUGUCGUGGAGAUCCCGAGCCCGCCGACCGCCAGCGCGAGCGGGUCCCCGCCGCCGCCGACGUCGUACCACAGCGAGAAGUUCGAGUGGCGCCGGAGCUCCAGCGGCGCGGUCGGCGGGCUGGGCGGGCGCGCGCACGGGUGGAAGCUGGUGCGGCUCAGCAACGAGCUGCCCCCCGGCGGCAUGGCCGUGGCCGGCAGCGGCCCUCCCUCCGGGGACGGCCACGAGGUGGUCGCCGUGUGCACCGAGUCCGUCAUGAGCGUCAGCAAGCUGUGGAAGUUCUCGUUCCUGGGCACGGGCCUCUCGCGCGCCCUCGGCGAGCAGUGGGCCGUCAUGGCGGUUGUGACGGGGCUUGUCAUCUGGGACCAUGACCGCAGGCGGGACUAG